AGAAGCAGAGGGCGGUGUAAGUGGAGACUUCAUACCGGUUUGUGCCGAUACCGAGAGGAGGACGCCGGGGCAGUGAACCCCUUCGUAUCAGUCUAAUAAAGAAGACGCCGGACUGUCACGGUAUCAAACUCAGGACAGCUAAUCCCGUCACGGAAGAGGUACAUAUUCGGUUUAUGGUUGAGUUUCGAGUUGCCACCGAGCCGCCGGUUCGCUGUCGUCGGCUAAAGCUAACGUUACCAACCGUUGAGGCUGUUAGCUUCACAGCCGCUAAGGCUAUCAGCGAAAUUCUACCAACUCCGGUUCAACUGUCACCGACACUUCUAACUCCGACUUUAAUGUGGUUGUUUCUCUAGACAAAAAAAAAAAAGCUUCGAAACCGGGGAUAUUUAAUUCGACUCUGAGCUGUCAGUCGCUCCAGGUGGUAAUAGACCCCCCCCCCACCUCCAGCACAGGCGGCCCGGGUUCACAGCAGUGACCGAAGACAGGCGUCGGAAAGCGGGGAGCAGGGGAGCGGCGUGUCGGGGAGCCAAGUUUUCACCUCGGACGGAGAACUGACCACUGAGGGCCGGGUCAUCCGGACAGAGACCUCAUGAAUGGAAAUCGGAACAACAGGAGCCGCUGGAGCCCAAGCCCUUUUUUCGUUGCCACGGCGACCUGGUUAUGGCACCAUCGGGAAGCCGAUCAAGCUCCUGGCCAACUGCUUCCAGGUGGAAAUCCCUAAGAUUGACGUCUACCUGUACGAGGUCGACAUCAAGCCUGAUAAAUGUCCUCGUCGGGUCAACAGGGAGGUGGUGGACUCCAUGGUUCAGCAUUUCAAGGUGACCAUCUUCGGUGACCGUCUGCCAGUUUACGAUGGGAAGAAAAGUCUUUAUACUGCAAACCCACUUCCUGUCGCUGCUGGUGGGGUGGACCUGGAUGUCACCCUGCCUGGCGAAGGAGGCAAAGACCGCCCGUUUAAAGUCACUAUGAGGUUUGUGUCGUUGGUCAGCUGGCACAUGCUUCACGAAGUCUUAACCGGCCGUGCUAUAGCAGAACCGCUGGACCUGGAGAAACCUCUCAGUACUAAUCCUGUUCACGCAGUGGACGUCGUCCUUCGCCAUCUGCCCUCCAUGAAGUACACACCUGUUGGACGCUCCUUUUUUUCUUCCCCAGAAGGCUACGACCACCCACUCGGAGGAGGAAGAGAGGUGUGGUUUGGUUUCCAUCAGUCAGUACGGCCAGCCAUGUGGAAGAUGAUGCUCAACAUUGAUGUGUCAGCCACAGCUUUUUAUAAAGCCCAGCCUGUGAUCCAGUUCAUGUGUGAAGUCCUGGACAUUCACAACAUUGACGAGCAGCCCCGCCCCCUCACAGACUCCCACAGGGUCAAGUUCACCAAAGAGAUCAAAGGUCUUAAAGUGGAGGUGACACACUGUGGAACCAUGCGUAGGAAGUACCGAGUCUGCAAUGUAACACGACGCCCUGCCAGCCUCCAGACAUUUCCAUUGCAGCUGGAGAAUGGGCAGACGGUGGAGCGCACAGUUGCACAGUACUUCAGAGAGAAGUACAAUCUGCAGCUCAAGUACCCACACCUGCCAUGUUUGCAGGUGGGACAGGAACAGAAACACACCUAUCUGCCCCUGGAGGUGUGUAACAUUGUUGCUGGUCAGCGCUGCAUAAAAAAACUAACGGACAACCAGACUUCAACCAUGAUCAAAGCGACAGCACGUUCUGCUCCAGACAGACAAGAGGAGAUCAGCAGGCUGGUUCGGAGCGCAAACUAUGAGUCAGAUCCAUUUGUCCAGGAGUUCCAGUUCCGUGUACGAGAUGAGAUGGCUCAAGUGACAGGCCGCGUCCUGCCGGCCCCCAUGCUGCAGUAUGGCGGCAGGCCCCAGCAGAUCAACCCUGCACUGUCGUUGCAGAACCGCACUGUGGCCACACCAAGCCAUGGAGUGUGGGACAUGAGGGGGAAGCAGUUCCACACUGGUGUCGAGAUCAAAAUGUGGGCCAUCGCAUGUUUUGCCACACAGAGACAGUGCAGAGAAGAGAUCCUAAAGAGCUUCACUGACCAGCUACGGAAAAUCUCAAAGGAUGCUGGCAUGCCAAUCCAAGGCCAGCCGUGUUUCUGUAAAUACGCCCAGGGAGCUGACAGCGUGGAGCCCAUGUUCAGACACCUGAAGAACACAUAUGCCGGGCUGCAGCUCAUCAUCGUAAUCCUGCCAGGAAAAACACCUGUCUAUGCUGAAGUGAAGCGGGUGGGCGACACCCUCCUCGGUAUGGCCACCCAGUGUGUCCAGGUGAAGAAUGUAGUGAAAACAUCCCCGCAAACCCUCUCCAACCUCUGCCUCAAGAUCAACGUCAAACUGGGAGGCAUCAACAACAUCUUGGUUCCACACCAACGGCCUUCUGUGUUCCAGCAGCCAAUCAUCUUCCUCGGCGCAGAUGUCACUCAUCCUCCUGCAGGAGAUGGGAAGAAGCCGUCUAUUGCAGCGGUGGUUGGUAGCAUGGACGCCCAUCCCAGCAGAUACUGCGCUACAGUGCGGGUCCAGAGGCCCAGACAGGAGGUCAUACAGGACCUGGCCUCGAUGGUGCGAGAGCUAUUGAUCCAGUUUUACAAAUCAACCCGCUACAAGCCAACCAGGAUCAUCUUUUACAGGGACGGAGUGUCUGAGGGCCAGUUCAGACAGGUGCUGUACUAUGAGCUGCUGGCCAUCAGAGAGGCUUGCAUCAGUCUAGAGAAGGAAUACCAGCCGGGAAUUACCUACAUUGUAGUACAGAAACGCCAUCAUACACGCCUCUUCUGUGCAGACCGCAAUGAGCGAGUUGGUCGAAGUGGAAACAUUCCUGCUGGUACCACAGUGGACACAGACAUCACCCACCCAUACGAGUUUGACUUUUACCUCUGCAGCCACGCUGGAAUCCAGGGCACCAGCCGGCCUUCCCACUACCACGUGCUCUGGGACGACAACUGUUUCACCGCCGACGAGUUCCAGCUCCUCACCUACCAGCUGUGCCACACCUACGUACGCUGCACACGCUCAGUGUCCAUCCCAGCACCAGCCUACUACGCCCACCUGGUGGCCUUCCGCGCUCGCUACCACCUGGUCGACAAAGAGCACGACAGUGCGGAGGGCAGCCACGUCUCAGGGCAGAGUAACGGCAGGGACCCCCAGGCGCUGGCCAAGGCCGUUCAGAUCCACCACGACACACUGCGGACCAUGUACUUCGCCUAGGACACCCUCCCUUCCUCACCUUCCCUCCACUGUACCCAGAAAUGCACUCAGCCAGUCUUAGUGUCCGACUUUGAUCAGCAGCCUCGUCUCCCUCAUCACCCUGAGUGACCCCUCAUUUGUGCAGCUUUGGUCCCUGGAACACGACGAUGACGAUGGUGAUGGCGACGGCGGGCAGCGUAAGGAUGUCAAAAGCCAGAGAGGAAAACAGCCACAUUAUGCAAUUACAAACCAGCCAACUGUUUCUGCUCUCACCCAUGCAUCUCUUACUUUCCCACAUUUCCUCUGCUGUAUUUCUAAUCAUGCCGGAUUCUGUCUCCUUUUUAGAGCUCAUUUGGUUCCUUUAUGGAUUUAACAGCAGCCCAAAGUUUUAUUUUGCUGUAUUUUUAACGGUGCAUGGUAAAGUAAUAAGCAUGGGUGGGCACAAAGCAUUUUGAGCCUAAUGUUGCUGGUUGUGGUUUGUAUUGUAGAUGGUUUUAAUUGUUUGUGUGUGUGUUUUCAGCUUGUCUUGAUGCGAUACUGUAUGUGUUAUUUGUCUGUUGAGCAAAUGUGAAUGCCAUGGCAGCACUUGUUAAGCGAGUACAGUUGUAAAUUGCAGCAUCGCCCUUUUUUUUUUUUUUCUCUGUCAGAUCAGCAGGUGGUCGGCUUAGCGGUCACGCUUCUGCCUCCCUUUAAGCCAAUGGUUAUUCACGGUGAUUUAGCCAGACAGUAAGAAGCCUAACUCUGCACUCUACCAACACUGACAAUGAAUGAUUUUUUUUUUUUUUAAAUAAAGCCACACACAGCCAUUCUUCAAGGCGUCGUGUGUCGCCUGAUGCCUUAAUGCAAGGCCAGACGUGUAAAGAGGACUGUAAGAAAGCAAUGCCAUGGCCAUGAAAUGGACAAUUUUAAAGCCCUCACUUGUAGUUAAGCUUGGUACUGAGUGUUAUACCAAACUUCUCUUGUGUCUUUUAUUGCUAUUUAUGAGGAGUUUUUUUCUUUUAACUUGUAUUAAAAUAAAUUUUUAGCAAUACACAAUAGGGGACGGCAUAUAUCUUGUCAUGAUCAGAUAUAUUCAAUAUUAUCGCCAGUUUUGACACAAAGCUGUUGAAUUUGAUUGUCAAGAAGUCCUCGAGUGCAAUAAGGUGUUAAUGUAGAAAGAGCAGGUUUGUCAGUUAAUGAUUUCGUUGACUAUUUGCGCGUUUAACGGUUUGUUACAAGUGAGUUUCGGCAAGUGACGAUGAACACGGCUUCAAGAAUGUGCAGUGUUUGACAUUCUUAUGAACAAGGCAGGUCGAUGCCACAGAUGUGGGUCGGUCUCCAGGCCUGAUGGUGUUUGGAGAGGUCGGACAACAAAGUGCCUGAUUUGGUUUGAGAGUGAACGGUGUGUAGGACUGGAGGUUUUUAAUCGCAUGUAGGUUCGGGUGCCUCAGUCUCAGAAUCCCAUCAUGCAGCUGGACAGCACAGAGGAUUGUAGUUUAUGUCCACCUACGCCAGCUUUGUGUGGUUAUUUGCCCUGUUUUGUUCUAUUUGUGAUCGGUAUAUAAUUACUCCGCUUCGCAUUAAUGCAGGAUAAUUACAAUAUAUUUUGAUCAUAACAGGCUCAUAAAUAUUGAUCAGAAAAUACAGAAAAUAGCCUAUUAUCACAAAAUGAAGAUGUAAUAUUUUUGUAUCCAAAAAUUACCGAACAAUGAACAAACAUUUUUUUGAAUAAAUGACAUGAGUAUUUAGUUAUAUUUAAUUUAUAUGGCAUUUUCACAACAUUAACUAGAAAUGACUCAAGAUAACAUUGUUUUCUGAGGUUGUUGGAGAAUUAUUACAGAAAUUUCUUGAUGCACAAGGUCACUUCAUUAUAUAUAUUAGUUAAUUUAUGAGAAAAACAAAGCACGUUAUGAGAUCUCAAAGUAAUGUCAUUUGAAAACAAACACUAAUAAUCACACACUAUAAAUAUGAAUUUCUGAGGCAGAGGUUAUCAUACUUUUCACGUGUGGACUCUGUCACAGGUUCAUUUCUUUGUCUGGGCCAGCUGUUCCAAAAAUGACACCUUUCUAUUUUUGAGUAAUUAUGCAAUAAGAAACACAUUUUCCUGCUCCGUUUGGACACACUGACUGCUUGUUGAUGAGGACUAACUGAAGUAAAAAAGAAGCCUCUGUUGUUUUGAGGUUUAUCGAUAACUUCCGGUGCAUUUUAACCCAUCGUCGAUGCCAAAUCUCGGCCAUGGCUGCUGCCGUUUUUGAUGCCCCGCCCACAACCAUGCGUCAUCUUCAUCACGGCCUUGCAGUCGUUUAACACAGGUGAAGCCUUCGGGUGUCAUCUUGUUCCACUUGGACCAAACCAAUGUGCCUGGUCAGGGCGAGGGGGGGGCUGCAGGACCUCUGUUUGUAUCGGGGAGGGGGGGGUCACAGCGCAGAUGGCGUGGAUCUUUACUCUGGCAGCCUCAUGGCGUCGCGCUGAUGGGCUCUGGACUCAUAAAUGUGCUCGCCACAUGUCACUAGAACCAAACUAGCUGCUACAAGAGAACAUUUAUUGAAUAUUUCUUCAGAUAAUAUAGAAAUUAUAUAUGAACACAGAGAAUCUAAGAGGACAUGGUAUUCUACUGCACUUAAAUGGAUGUGUGUUUAGCAGCUGAGCCUGUGCUUGAGUUCAGUUUGUGAAGGAAGUGGAUGUUUUUCUAUCCACUUUUAAAGGGAUAGUUCUGAUUUUUUAAAUUUUUUUUAUUUUUUAUUUUUUUUUGCGUGUGGGUUGUAUGAGGUCAGUGAAUUACCUACAGUAGAUGGAGCUCAGCAGAGAAGCAGCAUUAGCGGACAUGUACGUUGUAUUUAGAAUGUUUUCAACUCUUUUCUGUUGUGAAACUUAAAUUAUCACCCUGUUCAAUGUCUCCGGACUCCUUUGACAAAAAUAGCAAUUUUACCUCCCAGAAUAUGACAGCGGCAAUCGGUUUGUCUGAAUAAACAUGUUAAAACGCCAAAAUCAAACAGUUAAAGCUGCAGUGCUUAAUAAUUUUUUAGCAUCACUGGGGGAAAAUCCAUAAUUACUUUUCAACAAACUUUGACUCGGUUGGUCUAAAAGGACAAAUGGCUUUCUUGUGUUUGAAGGCUGGCAAAAAUCAUGAAUACUGACAACUGUAAUUACUAUUUGUUGAUUGGAUUCUAUUAGAUUCGACUCAAAAAUUGGUGUCACCUUCAUAACAUACCAGCGAACAAAUAGAACGGCAUCUGAUCUUGUAUUUAGUCUUGUCAUUUGGACUGAAAGCAAACAGAUGCAGGAGGAAAUGUGUAUUAUCCAAUUCUGAUUUUUUUGUUGUUUUUUUUUUUCUUUUUCCCCAUGUGUGUUUCAGCUCCUGCAGCUUUAGCCCUAACAAAUUGGAAUGAAAAAUGUGCCGAAAAAAAAUCGUAUUGCACAGUUUUUGGCAAAUAUUGCAGCAUUGCUCCUCAUUUUGGUGGAAAUGGUAAUUUUUGCAUUGAAUUUUUACUGAAAACAAUGCUCCAUCACAUCUGCAGACCCUGACUCGACGUCAUCUGUAUUGUACCAUAAUGUGUCCUUUAUAGUAAUGUAUUGGGACAAAUAUUUUUUUUUUUUUUACCGUUACCAUAAAAUUGUAGGUCCUGUGAUAUAGACAUAGAUAUUGCACUUAUUAGAAUGUCAGAAAGGAUGAAGUAAGUCAUGGAAGAUUUUGCAAAUGUAGUGUACACUUGCAUCUUAUGUAGGUGGUUGACAUACAUUUUGCUGCUACUGCAGGUAACAAAUACACUGACUAUGUACUUUAAACAACCCAGACUAGCCCUUUAAACUUUGGACUGCCCUAUGGUUUGAGGUUUAAUUUCUGAAACUGUCAGAUCGGUUUGUCCCCUGUUGUUUGUCGUCAGUGGAAGCUGUUUCUUAAUGUCAGACAUUACCAGCAUUUGAUUUUACUUGAAUAGUUUGUCGUGGGCAUGUUUGUGUGUGAACUGCUUAUAGAGCCUUAUUACAGGAAUCCCUUCCUCUCAUAAUGCCACGUACAGUAAAUCGACCUCUAGAGCCUAGACGGGGCUUCGUAUGUAACAACGCUGGACAUCAGAUGCCUUUUUCCUCACAUCAUUUAAAGAAAAGAGCAUUUUUAAGCCUGAAUGGAGAUAUAUUUAUAUUUAAAGAUAGUAAUGUAAUGCACACACCACUUAUUUUUUCUAACCAAAUCCUAUUUGAGGCAGAACUGUAAUAGCUGUAUUGAGAUAUGAAGUUUAAUAAUAUAGGGGUCUGUGAUCAUUUUCCAAAUUUGAUAAUGCAAUAGGUUUAUUUAUGUGAAACGUUUGCAGCAUUGACCUGCAAUGUAGAGACUGUUGGAGGUUGUUUUUGUCACGUAGUGAUGAAGAUGAACCGUCAAACCCUCCUCUUCUGCUUCUUUACGGAUCUGCCUCCGCUUUGACCUUUUUUUUAUCAUCUCAAAACCUCAUGAAGGACGAGUAAGACUGUAACUCUUGUUGACGUUUGAUACAUAUUCACGAGAAGAGGAGGGUUUAAACGUUCGUCACCGGACCGGUUUUUUUUGUCCGUUACAGACUGUGCCUUUAACGAUGGUGCUGAAAAAAAAACAAAAACAAACAAGCAAAAUCAAAGAAAUCUUCAGAAAAACGAGUCGCCGAGUUAAUUAUUGAUACAUGAUUAUACUGUAAGGUGUGAUUGCGUGUAUAUAUGUGUGGUUUGUUUGUGUUUCUUCGUGUGCUUGUGUGUGUGGAUACCUCCUACGUAUGCCAAGAACACAAAAAAAUAUGCAGAACUGAUCAGUUUGGAGCUGACAGGACCAAAAGGCCUGUGGGGAUCAGUUUAGUAGACGGGCACUCGGAAGCACAACCCAAACAUUUCUUUAAGAAAAAGGGGAACACUCAUGACUCCAUACUUAACGCGUAGCUCAGUAUAAAAACUAUGUAGCAUUAUUUAUUUGACCCCCUCCGUACUGCCUGUAACAUUUUAUUCCCUCUCCUCAUGUGUCGGUUGAUGUGUUCGUGAAUGGACGGCAAUAAUGAAGCAAUCAUUUCUGUGCAAUCGUCUCGUCCUCGUGUCCACAGUCCAAUCCCGUUACUUUUACUUCUCUAAUGUGAAAUUUAGACGUUUACAGCUUUGGGAUUUGAGUUCUGACUCCACGAGUGCCCGAUUCCCCACAAUAAUAAAUCUUUACACCUCUGUGGUUGGCUGCAUAUCAUGAAAAAGAAAAAAAAAGUUUGGGUUUCACAGUACGUUCAUUAUUAAUGUGCUUGUUUGUACUUUUAUUUUUGCCUGAUUAUGACAUGGUGACACUUUUAGAAAUAAAACUGUAUGUCGAGA